CAAAUAUUACAUUCUGCUUAGCAUGACUUUGCCGGACUUUAUUUUGGAAUCACUUUCGUAUCUCGUGAAGAAAUUAAAACUCCCGUACGACACAAUCAACACUGAGCUCGUGUACGAUGGCAUGCUGACGUCCGUUUUUCGCGUCGAAUACAUUGCUUACGGACCAAAAAUCGAGGAAACCUCCGGUGACGACGACGAAGAACACGAAAAUGGAAUUUCUUUCGAACCCCGGUUACUCAAGUCGUUCAUCGUGAAAUGCAUCAAGACUGAACAACGUGCCGAAUACGACAUUGUGCCCGCUUUUAUGCGCGAAUUUAUUUUCUACCAGAAAAUUUAUCCGGAUUUGGCGCAUUUUCAAAAGACCCGAGGCGUAAAGUCCGUUUUUCACAGCGGAUGUUUUCGCAUUCCCAAGUGUUACAAGGUGAUUUGCAACGAAGCCGAUGGACAAUACGCUCUAAUUCUGCAAGAUAUGCGAAGGUCGCAUUAUUUUUCGCUCGGCAAAGACGAAGGUGCGACAUUAGCAGAAGCAACGGCCGUUUGUCAAGCACUUGGAAAGUUUCAUGCCGUUUCCUUCGCUUAUCGGGACCAAAAACCGCAGGAUUUUGCGAAAUACGAAAAAUUAAUUGAUCCGUUGUACGAACGGAUGUCCGACAUGGAACAGCUGAUCACUUGUUUCUUGUAUCCGCGCAUCGAUGAGGCGAUCGAAUGUUUGCAGCCACACGAAGAAUUCCGCAAGGAAAAGUUACUCGAGUUCCGUGAGACGGUUUAUCAGACAAUUUUGAGCUACGUUUCGCUCGAAGACACCGAGGAUUGUUGCGUUAUCGGUCACGGCGAUUCGUGGAGUCAAAAUAUUUUGUUCAAAAAAAUCGUUAAUGGGACGCAGUGUUGCUUCAUGGACUUCCAACUGGUGCGUUACGGAAGCUGUAUCUUGGAUUUUGUGAAUUUUAUCUUCACAAGUACGACGGCAGAACUAAGGAACGAGCAUUAUCACGCAUUGACACAGACAUAUCACGACAGUUUAUGUGCGGAAAUUCGCGAACUCGGAAGUGAUCCGGAAAAAUUGUUUCCCUGGACGACGUUUCAGCAUCAUUUGAAGCGCUUUGGAGGUUAUGGACUGGUAAUGGCGAUGCUGCAAAUGGAGUUUAUUGUGUCGGAUGAGGCACGUGAGAAGAGAAUUUCGUUAGAUGAGCCGCCACCGGUGCCGCAAAAACGAAGAAGUUCAAUAGUGCCCGUUGGAUUGGUGGAAAAAUUGAAGAAAACUGAGAGGCAGGAACGGUUGGCGGGCAUCGUGAGAGAUAUUGUGCGGCUUGGAUAUAUUUAAAUAGACUUUUCAUGUAUUUUGAAAGUUAUAUAAAUAUAAAUCAGUUUAAAAUUCACCAAAGAAUCAAGAAAAUUUUGACAAAAAUGUGGUAAAAAGAGGAAAAUUGCUCCUCAUUUUUC